AUGAUUUUUGUUUUAGGUCAGAAAUGUCAAACAUCAUUUGUUUAUCGUCAUGACUACUGCUAUAUCGCGGGUUUUACUAACUUCAUGCCUCGUUUUGCAAUCCGAACAGUUUGCAAUUUAUUGGAUAGUGAAAUAGUCAAAAUUAGGAAUAAGGAGGAGGCACAUACAGCUUAUGGACUUGCUGGUGGGAAGUCGUUCUGGCUUGGAUUGAGAAGAGGACAACCGGAUAUAACAGACAACAAAAAUUGUGUUUACGCAGCUUACGCAGGAGAGUGGAUGACUGCUGACUGUGAUAACUUCCGCUCACCGAAAAUGCCCUUCAUACAAGAACUAGAAGAAAGAAGUUAUGUGGAAUCAUUGAGAUGA